GACGGGCAAUGAUGUGACGCGGCUAGCUUUUUCAAAAUGGCCACAGAGGGUGAAAACGUGACAGGGGAUUCUACAAAUACGUCGAAUCAGUCAAAAACUGAUUCUUCAAAGGAUAAUACACUAACUCUAGAAGGUUUAUAACUUCUUAUUUUUGCUGAGGGCAUGUUAUUUAAUUUAAUGCUAAAGUAUUUAUACCAUAAGCAGGUUUCAAUACGGGAACGAAUGGUUCACCUGGACGGUUAUUUUCUUUACUAAAUUAGUAAAUAAUUAAGUAGACUAAAAAAAAACAACCCAACUCAAAAUGAUACGCCUAAACUAAUAAUUGCUCAAAUAGACCUACCGGUAGCAGUUUAAAUCAUUCUUUAAAUGCUUAGUCUUUGUCUCAAGUAAGCUACUAAAUAAUUUAUAUGGCUUGGUCAUGGUAUUUUUAAAACAAAAAUGUCAUGUUAACUAAUAAUAAUAAACAAAAGACACAGAUGGUAGGGGCCCUAACAAUGAAGAGGGCGAGUUAAAGGUGCAGUUAAGGGCAUGGGUUUUGCCAAGAGUUGUCUCACCCUAGCCCUAAGCACAGUGAUAUCACUAUGGGGAAUCCCAACACUAGACCAACGCCAACAGUUAGACCAGAACAAUGACAAUGAUAACUUUCCCAUUCUUACUGAGCAUUAUUUGCGUGAAAAACAUAAUCAGACAAUCAAUACAGAUUCUGUUGUCAUUCAAAUUCAACUUACAAGGUUCAAAAGAAAUAAAAAGAGAAACUCAUCCUUGCUGAUACCACAAGAUGAUCACCGUAAAAAAGACGUGAGCAUGUUUAAUGAUGUUUAACUCUUUUGCUGCAGUGCGGAAUUUUUUGUCGAAAAAAUGUACAUUAUUUUUCGAAGAGCAAAAAAGAGAGAGAUUGGGAUUAUUAAAAAAAAAUAUUUGACUAAACUUGGUAUGAAAUGAAACAUAAUUGAAAGGACUAUAUGUAGAUACUUUGGUCAAAAAUGUAAAAAAUUUUUAAAAAUAAAUCAAUGGCACAGUUGAAUAGAGCUAAUUUUAAACAGAAUUAUAACACCAAAAUCAUAUUUUUAGCUGUUGUAGUUUUAAAGUUAUGAAUUUUUAAAGUACGACUUGGUUUGUCAUUUUUUAACAUGGACUGCAUCUCCACAUUCUGUGACCUCAUUCCACUGAUCGCGUCAUGCGCAAUGACUAUAUAGUUUAUAUAAGGCAACGCAUUCCCUAUCACUAAAAUACUGUUUAGGGUCGACUUAUUUUAAACUUUCAACUUUGGCACAUGAAUAAUUAAUAAAAGCUUUCCCUGACCAAUGGUUUAAUAGCUUUUGCACACGGCAAACUCUUAUGAAUGAAACUCUGAGAUAGUACUACAACGUAGCCGUUAUGCAAGUGGCUGUGAAUGGUUGCCAAUGACAACGUGUUGCACAGGGAAAAUUCUGAUCAUUUAUAUUAUGGACUCUGCAGGGUUUUUAAAGCUCAAAUUAAAACAUUUCCAGUUUAAAUGUCUUCAAAAUGCAUUCUGAAACACAAAAUAUAAAAUAUUUUGAUGUAUAUAGUGGUAAUAAUUAAAUAUUUCCUAAGUAUCGGCAACUUCCGCCAUUAAAAAGGGGGCGUGGCCCACGCCAUGUCGAAAUUAGGCUGAGCCACCUUAUGGUGAUAUGGGUCACUGUGACAAGUGUAACAAACGUGAGACACGACCUACAUCAAUGAAACUUGGCACAGAUAUAGAUCAAUAUCUAAUGCUCAUACAGAUUUAAUCAAAAAGGACCUUAUCUUAUUAUUUCACAAAAAAUUUUGUAUGCGAAGAUGCCUUAUAUAUACCAAAGAUUUUCAAAAUAAAGGUCGAUUGAAAAAAGCAAAAUAGCUGGCUAGAAAUGUAGGCCAAGAUGUCUUCCAAAUUAUAAGGCUGGAAACGGAACUCAAAUAUAUGUGGAAAGAACUAAUUUAAUAAUAAAUAGACACACACAUCGGAAAAUUAAAAACUCGGAUUUUUCGGCGCCGACGCCCAUUUCCGAUACAAAAAAAAUAGUAGUCUCCCUUGUUUCAUCGAAGUAUCUAACUAUAUGUUUGUAAACUUAUUUCUUCAGUUUAAAUAAAAUAAGUUACAGAAAAGAACCAUAAAAUGUGAAAUCAUUAUAAGCUAAAACAUUUUUUCCCCAAAUCCUAUGAUGUACGCAUAUCUCAUCUUCACUUCCAUAACUCAUAUCCUCUAAAAAUACUAAUAUCGGAAUCAUCAAAUGGAUCUAAAUAUAAAUCAUCUACACAAUCAAAAGAAAUGGUAUAAAACAGUUCAAAAACUUUUGGAGCUGUUUAUCGUCUAGGAAACGUACUCACCUACUAGAGGCUAGGGUAGCCAUAGCUAUAGUAGAAAAAAAUAGCGAAGAAAAUCAUUAAAAUAAUGCUUCAAAUGACAACAAAUAAACCUUGGUUUCACUUAUAAACAAUGAAGUACCACUCUUCUAUGUAAAAGUCUUAUUUAAAAUUAGCUCUUAAAAAGUUUCACAGAGAAACAGCACAGACAAAGAAAAAAACAUGAUAUUAAAACAACACAGAGUGCGUUGGUCAGUGCUUUUGGGAACGUCGGAUGAACGCAGUGUGCGUUGUUCCUCAUCGAAAGAGUUAAAAGUGCUAUUUUUUUGUUGUUUGAAAACGAAGUACCUGUAUGACAUAUGCUAUUCAUUUCUGCAAUGUUGCAAUUUAACUGGACAUUAACAUUUUAACAUAAUUUUGAACCUUAUAAGUUGAAUUUUAAUAAAAACAAAUGAAACAUUUCAUUUCAGUAUAAUUUGUAUUAACUUUAUCGAUCAUCAGAUUUAAUUUAUGGUGCAAAAAAUGCUCAGUUAAAAACAGGCAAGAUAUCACACACAUCGUUCAGGUCCAAGAGUUGGUCUGUUUACCCUAAGUCCAGUGAUGGGAUUCCCCAAAGUGAUGUUACUGCACUUAGGGUUAGAUAACUCUUGUCAAAAUUCUUACGACUAACCAAAUCUUUACCUUUGUUCACACUGAUUAUCAGCUUUUCAAAAGGGGUAUUUAGGUACUGGGACCAAUAGCUUAUGAACCAGUUAUGAAAAAAUUAUGCUUAAUACUAGGUAGGGUUGCACCCAAAAAUUGGAAGGUAAUCGUAAAAGUCCCUUUUGCUGAUUAAUUGGUAAUCAGCCAUUUUUUUGGACCAUUGCCCUACUUCGUCAACUAGAUGUUGAUCUCGAUAGUUUUUAUAAAUUAACUUAUUUUUUUUUUGGUUAUAUUUUUCCAAAGCUCAUUUUUCAAUAUUCAUCGGAAAUGACGGUUUGUUUCUGGUUUUGAAAAAAAAGAAGUAAGUUGAGUAAGUCAAACAAACCAAACAAUUACUUUUGUGUGGCCUAGAAGGGCAACUGACACACUUAAUGCAAUGAUUGUUGAAUGAGCUGUGUGUGUCUGUACUCAGCUCGCGAUUGCUGGCUCCCCAUGUAUGUUAAUAGUACAUGAGCUUGCGGCAUCCCCCAUCCAGAACCUGGCCAGAUUUUAGGCUGCUGAUUUAUUUAUUUAUUUAGGCAUUUUUAUAUAGCGCUUAUCAUAAAGCUCUAAGCGCUUUACAAUUAUUAAAACAUGUAAACUAAGUAAAUACAAAUGAGACACUAGGAUAGUAACUACUAUUCUAUAGAAACAAUGAAAAUGGCUAUUGACACUUCAGGAUCAACCCGAAACAGAAAAUGAGGUAGGGCAAGGAGGGUGCAUCACAGGUCAUAGGCGGACCUAAACAGAUGAGUUUUAAGGGACUUUUUGAAAAUGGACGAGGUUUCACUAUGACAUAUAUGGAAGGGGAGCUGGUUCCAGAACGUAGGCCCAUGGAAGCAGAAGGAGCGUUCACCGAUGGUCUUAGUUUUAGUUCUUGGGAUUGAGAGGGUUCUACUGUCAAUGGAAGAGCGUAGUUGUCUUGUGGGGAUGUAUACAACUGCAAGACCAUUUUGGGCAUUUUCAUGGGUAGACCUACCUGUUCCCAACUUUAUAACCUGUGUUAGUUAUCCAUAUAUGUAUACCCAUGGACACAGUCUUAGUGAAAAUGUUCACUACUAAAUUAUUCACCUGAUAUAACAACUUCUGUCCCUAUCUUAUUUUUGUAGGGAGGGGGGUUGUCCAUAAAUGACAUGUAUCUAUAGGGAGUGCUUUGGAAAAACUGAAGAGAUUGCAUAUUAAGUUUUUUUAAGUCUGUUAAAUAAAAUUUCAGCAUUGCAGCUUUUAAAGGAUGCCCAGCAGCAACAUGGCCUCAGGCAUGGAGACUAUCAGAGAUACAGGUACAUUUUUUAUCUUAGUUUCGGACUUAAAAAAUAUGAUAUAUGCAGACAUUCCACAUAAUUUCCUGAUAAGGUCAAGAUUUGCAUUAUGUUCCUUUAGUGUAAAAUUAUUCUUCCCCCUCUCCCUGCCCCCCCCCCCCCCUAAUUGCAGGAACUUGUCUUUAUUUAAACCAUAUAUGUUGCUCUAUCUCCUUUUCCAUUACCCCUAGUGGCUGUAUCUCAGUGGUCCCCAAAUGGCGGUCCGUGGAACUUCACCGGUCUGCAUGCCUAACGCUGCUGGUCUCCAUAACAUAAAUAUAUAAAUAUUUAUUGUCAAAUAGAAAUAAAAGUAUAAAAAUAAAUCAUGCACUGGUCCCUGGUAAAAUUUCGAAACUUUUUCACCGGUCCGCCAAACUUAAAAGUUUGGGAACCACUGCUGUAUCUGACUUCUCUCACAAUACAUGUCUUUCUUAAUACUUGAUUAAAAUACAUUUCAUUGUAUUAAUCAUUACUUUAUAUUAAUUCUUAACAUUUAAAUAUUUUUUACAGAGGCUACUGCUCAAGAAGAAUUAAGAGAAUCAGAAAAUCGCUUCAUUUUCCUCAAGGAAACAGAAACCGAGUCGCACCUAAAAAGUUGACACCGGAAAUGCUCUUAGAUGCCAGGUCAACAAAUUGAUAUUUUAAAAUAAAAAUAGAUUGUCAAACUAAGAUUUAUUGAUGUUACUUUAUUUUCCAUAGAUAGGUUUCUUUGAUUUUCAGCUUUUAACAUUGCCAUGGUCUUGAGCAAUUUAAAUAAUUGAUCUUUUAUGAGUUUAGCUGUGGGAUUGGAACAAAAGUUUCUAUUUUAAGUAAACGAAGUGGCUAUUUGCACCCUGGUAUCAGAAGUGAGAGGUUGGGAUUAAAAAACUAUUUAAAAUAUUAUUGUUAGGUUUGUAAGACAAAAUGAGGUAUCAAAUGAAAGAUAAUUGAAUGGACUAUGUGUUUGUAAACUUAAUUCUUCAGUUUAACUAAAAUAAACUACCACAAUUGACAUCCGAAUGGGAUCUAGUCUAAAGAGACCCAGGUCCAAAUAGCGGCUAUGCGUCUUACAAACCCAACAAUAAUAUUUUAAAUAGUUUUUUAAUCCCAACCUCUCACUUCUGAAUACCCGGGUGCAAAUAGUCACAGGUUUAAAUAAAAAUGUGUUUGAUCUUACCUUCUGUUUAAUGAAAAAUAGAGUUGGUUUUAAAACCUAUUAAUUUAAUUUUUGUUUAACACUCAUGAAAUGAAAGAAAUUUGGAUAUUAAUUGUGAGACAAGUGUUUCUUUUCCUCUCUUCAGCUCUGCCAUGUCUUCAUUUGUUUUAGUCAUCAAACAUUAAUUUAUAUUUAUAUAAGGAUAGAAUUUGUAGUGGAUACUUAUUGUUUAGGCCUUGCACUUUCAAAUAGUGUUCUCUUUCUUUGUGUCUACAAACUCUAAAUGAUAUCCAGUAAUAUAUUUAUUAAGGAAAUGGGCAAUAAGAAAGUAUGGAAAAGUCUGAAAAAAGGACGCAACAAUCUGAGGAGUAUAUUUAUUACCUAUGUUUCACCAACUAUAGGUUACAAAAUGUCUCAGGUUACCUGCAUGGUGUCCCAGUUAGUCAAAGUAUUAGUAAAUUCUUCUUUCUUAAAAUUGAUUUGCUUUUGAGAUGUGUCCAAAAUAUACAAGUAUAAUUUAGAUGAAUCCACUGCUUAUAAAUAAAUUAGGAUGCAUACAUGCUUAAGAGUGUUUUAAUUUUAAAAAGUAUUUUAAGAAAUGUACACAGUUUUAAAUGAGGCUUGAAUUUCAAUUCAUUAACCAUGUAGAAUUUGAAAUCUUAAUUGAAACUGUUGAGUCAAAAUUUUUAUUUGAAACAUCUUUUAUAUUUUGUUUUGUGCAACAGAUAUUUGCAACUACCUUUGUUUUGUGCUGAAAGAUGUUGGGCUUAUGCUAUGCAAUUAAAAUCUGAGGCAAACACUGAGCCACGUAAGCGCUUUCACAUGGUUUCCAAACUUAAGAAGGCAGUUGUGUAUGCUGAGGAGCUGGAGUCUGUUGGCAACAGUUACAAGUGUGAUGCUAGAACUAAACUAGAAUGCCAGGUAGGAUACAACUUUAACUAUAGAUUAGAAUCUUGGAGACAGUUGGUAACCCUUCUUCGGAGAACAAGCUGUCGUCAUUGUGGACAGGUACUGUAGAUAGUAGUGCCACUUACUAGCAGAGUGCCCGAUACUAAGCGGCGGGGUUGGGAACACCUCAGAAGUCAAUGUUGAACGUAUGAUCUUAGGUUGAUGUCCAGCAGAUGCGGCACGCCUGUAAAGUGCUUGCCAGGGCCACCAUAAGAGAGAGUUAGCUCUGCCCCAAAAAGAAAAUGUACAAUUUCAGUCAGUUGGCAACAGCUACAAGUUGAUGCUAGAACUGCACUAGGUAUAUGCCAGGUAGGAUACAACUUUCACUUUAAAUUAUAACCUUUAAACAUAUUGUCCAAGUUUCUUGGAGCAAAGCAUUUAAAUUUUGUAUAAUUUUAUUUAGGCGUACAAUGCCUGGAUUAGAGGCUGUCUUGAAUUUGAAGGAGAAAGAUGGGAGAGUGCCAUGGAGUGUUACACAAGAGCAAAGUGAGUUUUCCUUUGGAUGUCAAAUAUCUUAUCAGCUGUCUUUAAACUAAAAGUACCCUUUUAAUUUAAUAUUUAAUUAUAAAUUAAAAAAAUUAUCAUCAUAAAAUUUUCAUUACUUAUUUUAACUUUAAGUUAACAUUUAAACAUGUUUGACAAUACCUUCUGUUUAAAGAAAAAAGUAAAUGAUGGUAUUUUUAGGUUCAAUUAUAUAUAUUUAUCAACAGAACCAUUUAUGAAAAGUUGGCCAAUGCAUUCUCAGAAGAACUUCAGAUCAUAUAUCAACAGAGAGUUGAUGAAAUAUCACCCAAUUUGCGCUACUGUGCUUAUAAUAUUGGUGAUGAGUCGGCCUUGCAAGACCUUCAGAAGAUGAGAAUUGCCGCUGGUGAAGACCAGCUGUCAUUUAAACUUGAUGUAAGCAUAUGGUUCUUAUCAAGUGUUUCACAAUAUCUUUACAAUUCUUUAAAUUUUAGUUAAUUUCACCCUGAUUGAGUUUUGACAGGACUUUGGCUGAUUAAGAUUAAUGAACUAGACUAUAGGUUUUUGGUCAGAGAAAUUUAAAAGUCGGAAAAGUAUUUGUGUUGAACAGGGCAGGAAUUUUUAAAAAAAAGAAAGAAACAUUUCCAUAAGGAAAAAAAAUGAUAAUGAAGACAUGCUAGUAACGUCACAUUGGAGAUGGCAACAAGUAAUCAUGUUAUUGCGUUACUUAUGUUGCGUUUGGAAGUCAUGCAAGUGGCCAGGGUUUUGGGCUUCGGGAGGUGAACCCCAUGUGACACCUCCGAGUUGCCUCUGUGGUGCGGGACUCUGACUUAGAGGCGUUAAGUCGUCGUCACCCCUGAAUGAAGACAUACAAAUGUGUCUUACUCAGUUCUGAUUAUUUGCAGAAAGUAAUGACUUGCUGGUAGUUAAUAUUUUUAUAUUCUCAUUUAAUGCUAUUAAAUUGUUAGCUAUAUGGUAGUUUGAUAUUAAUAUUAGUUUGAAUAUAAUUUGAUUCUCUUAAAGGACUUGUUAUCACAAACACGAGAGAAGCAAGCUGCGACUCUGUCAGAAGUAACAUGGCGAGGACGGACAGUUCCUGUCAAAGUAGAGGCAGUCCGGCUUUUCUUGCUCAACAUGCAAGACCUGAACUCGGAAUUAGAAGUUGCGGAAAGUUUAGACAGCAGGGUGUCCAUCUAUGAAAGUAUUCUCAAACAAUGCAUUGAUGCCCAGCAGGCGCUGAGGGACACUUUGCAGGAAGAUCAAGUAAUUAUGCUUUUUCUAUAGCACUUGAGAUGUUGGAGGCAUUAAACGGUCCUUCUUAAAUUAAGAAAUUGGCAACCUUUUUUAUUUGGAUUUGAUGUUUAUGUAAAUUUAUUUUGUUUUUCAUUGAUAUGCUGACUUAUAAUGUUUUCAGGUCUUUAAGGCAGCUGUACGUGGGCAGCCCAUCGAUGGAAAAAUCUCCAACCAGCACUAUCUGCACUCCUACCUCAUGUACAUUCGCCUGACCACAACAAUAGAUAGAAAUCUGCUUAUGGUGGAAAAUCUUAAGCAGAAUCUACCCGAAAAUAAUCCUGAGGAAGGUCGUAAGAUAACUAAGCCCCAAGACCUUGUUCGUCUUUAUGACAUUAUUAUUCAGGUGGGUGUCCCUAGAUUUGUAGCUGUGUAAGGGUCGUCAGCAAUUGAUGUGAAUUAUAAAAAAAUUCUAUGAUGUACUUUUAAGACACUUGAUCAUUUAAUUAAACCAAGAGGAUGCUUGUCAUUCAUUAUGUGCCUCUAGUGAGGAGCAAUAACAUUUGUGUAAGUUGGAGGUGUUUGGCCUUGAGUACCGGUACCAGUAACCUAUUUCAUGUCAUAAAGUUCUUUAAAAUUUACGUUUUGUCUGAAGUUUAGUUGUUACGCUUUAAAAAAAAAAAAAAUGUUUUCAAUUACAAGUCUGUUGUUUUAUCAUUGGUAUUCAUUGCAAUAUUUGUUAUGCCUGCAUUUGUAAUUUGUUAUAUUCCAGAAUUUGAAUGAGAUUCCUAAUCUCCAUGGUAUACAAGAUGAUGCUACGAUAGCCUCAGAAAUAGAAACUUCUGUUUUAGGAUAUAAGGCUUUUAGGUUAGUCAAGACCCGAACUUCUCUGGUGACCUAACCACUUUUUACCCACAUAGCUCAUACAUUACAACUUUUAUGCACAUGCCCCCCCUCAUCCUGAUACAGGAAAAUAUGUUAUAAGAUGGUAAACUCAGUCACUCUGUUAACCCUCGAACUGUGGCAUGCAUCAUUCUGUAGUGUGGGAGCUUUUCAGAGCUUUUUGGGUGCCUUUUGAAAUUGCAUUAAAUGAAAUAGAAAAAUUGAUGCAAACCCCAAAUAAGUAUAUAUUUUUAGAAAGGUAAAUGGAUGGGGAUAAAGUUGGCUAUAUUGCCCACCCCGUAAAAAUUUUUUACUCAUCGUCCUUGACCUUGGAGUGCUCAAGGAAAAAAAAUCGACAAAAUAUCUUGUUUUCAAGUGCUCAUAACAUUAAUUUUUAUAGAUACACUUAAACACAAAUCUUUCUGAAAAUGUAUAGUUUGCUUAGGUUUUUAUUACAAUUAAACCUCUGAAAGUAAUUUUAGGUCAUUUAUAUAAGAAACUGGGACCACAGCUAAAACCCAGUACAAAAUAUAAAAUCUCUGGCAAAAUAGUUAUUAUCGACUAGUAAACAUUUAAAAAGGAACUUUGGAACUGAUUUGGGUUGUGUUAUCAAGAAACAGCUUGACCCGGAAGAUGAUUUAAUUAUUAAUGAAAGGAAGUGGCAAUAAUUAUUGGCCGCCAAAGCACAGAACAAGACUAUGGCCCGAUUUCAAAGGCCAACCACAGUUCGAGGGUUAAAGUAGGCAAUAUUUAUUUCACUUCAUUAAUUUAAAUUCAGAAAUGUGUAUUUCUACAGCUUGGAUAAGUAGUUGAAGAAUUUUCUUUAAUUACAUCAGAAUUGCUAUCAAUUCAUCAUGUCAAUUUUAACAUAGAUGUAAAAAAAAAAUGUAAAAAGUGCUGCCAAUCAGAAUUUAAGAAUUUUAAAGGAAAGGUUCAUUUAAAGUUGUUGUUGACCUGUGUAGGAAGUUAGUAAACAUGCAAUAAUGUGUGCACAGGGAAGGAAAGAGAAUUUAUAAAUCUUUCUUGUUGUUAUGUGGACAUAAAGGUUAAAUUCGGUCGAUGCCAAUCGGCAUUGUGUGGAUAUUAAGAUUUAAGAGGCAACGUUUAUUUUCGAGUUAUUCAAUGAGUGUUCUACGGUGCUAAAAUCUGCAAUGAAUUGAAUUCUCAAUGAAUUGUUUCUUUUUGAUUGAUUCAGGUCAUUUUACAUUGGCCGGUCCUAUGCAAGUGCCAAGAAAUGGAAAGAAACUGUUGCACUAUAUCAAAGAGCUUUGGACAAUUGUAAAAAAGCCCUGGAAGGUUUAAAACACCAUCCUUCAUCCCCUAAAUUAAAGGUAAACAAUUGCUAGGAGAGUAUGGUAGAGCUCAAAGAAAUUUCACUGAUAACUAUGUAACAGGAAGAUAAAUGAUCAUGUUUAUGUGUUAGAUCGCAACGUUUCUUGACAUAAACUUGUUGAUUUCACAGGAAGAUAUAAGUGCAUUACAAGACCUUCAGCAACACAUAAGUGGUCAAAUGUACUCCUGUCAAGCUUACAGCAUAUUGGAUUCAAGCACCUCAGGAGAGCAACAAUUUUCAGUUCCUGUUAAUGACAAAAGGGUAAGCUUUAAAUGGUCUGUGAAAGAAGUUUUUUUUAUUAUUGAUUCUAUCACACUGCUUCCUCAGCUAUAAUUUGACCCUUUAUUCUGACAGGAUUUUUAAGAUUUUGAAUAUGGAUACCACAGCUUUUAUUUUCCUAUCUUAUUAACCCACGAACUGUCCAUUGUAUUAUGCUGUACUGUGCUGGCAAUUUAGAGCUUUUUGGGUGCCUUUGAAAAAUGUGAUUUUUUUUUCACAUGCAAAUACUACAGCUAGACCCCAUAAAGUAUACAUUUAUUGAAAUUAGACUGAGUGAGAAAUCAUACUGGCUAUUUUUUAAUAUGCUUACUGACCGUGACCUUGACCUUGUAGUGACCAAGAAUAAAGAAAAUAAUUAAAAAAAUCUUUUCAAGUAACUCAAACUACAAUUUUUUAAAGGCAUAUUAUUAUAAUGUUUAUAUAAUAUGAUAGCAUUUUCAUUUAUCUUUCAGAAAAUGUAUUAUUUGUACCGGUAUAUGUUUUAGUUACGUUCAAGUAACAAAGCACGACAUAAACAUUAUAAGCAUUACUAAAUAGCAAGAAACAGAUACAAUUGAAAUAUAAAUAAACAUAUAGAACAACAUCAAAUAAUUUUGUGUUGGUACACAAUCAUCUGCAACAUAGUUUGAACGCGUCCUGUUGUUGGGGCAACGCCUACUCUUUCUAGGCUUAGAUCGUCCGAGUCCGAACUUUCGCUUUCUGACCCACUAUAAAAAUAAUCUGAAUUAUCAUUGUCUUCGUGUGUGAUCGGAAAAUCAUCUUCCGAAUCACUUAAGUCAUUAACUAAAAAGUUAUUAAAAAGAUUCUUAACUGAUUUAUUUUGUAAGCCAGAUGGUCCAGCUCAUCCAUUUGGCGAAAAUCUACUUACACAAAUUUGCUUAAUAAAGAUCGUUGUAAAAAAUAAAUCAAAAGUUUAAAAAAAGGACACAGAAGAGGGAAAAACUGAAGUUUAUUUAUUAAUAAAAGGAAGUAGUUUUAUUUUGUGUAAAAUAUUGGACUGGAACUUAUUCUUUCAACGCAAUUUUUAUCGGCUGACACAGUUUGGGAAGGGAAGAUCGGCCGACGACAGUUCGUGGGUUAGUGUAACAUAUUUCUAAUAAAACUGAAGAGCAUGUUAUUAGCUGACAAUUUUGAUAGCAGUAUAAUUUUUCUUUGAAUCUACUUAUAGCCUCUUGAAGACAGACUGGAUGAAUACAUCACGGAGAAAUCUCUUACUACCAAAAAGGCCAUACUGACCCGCUUCCCCCCGGAGUUUGAACCAAUACCAUGUCGACCUCUCUUCUUUGACUUGGCACUAAACCACAUUGAGUUCCCAUCUUUGGAUGACAAACUGGAACAGCAGAAAAAGGCUGUAGCGGGUGGACUAACUGGAAUUGUCAAGGGCUGGUUAGGUGGCUGGGGCAAGAAGUGAUAGUUGCUUAAGUGACUGUGGCAAAAAGUGAUAGUGGGAUAGCUGGUCAGGUGGCAGGGGCUAGAAGUGAUAUUUGGAAUUAACAAGGACUGGUUAGUUGGCUGGGGAAAGAAGUCAUAGUUGGAACGGUUUGAAUAAAUUAAUUAUGUACACACCACAAAAGUGUACUUUUGCUGAAGUUGACAGGUGUUUAGGCAUUUAAAUAAAUUGUAUUUUGAUUGUGUAAUAGAGUUUUUUGAAGAUUACCACUACUGCUAAUACUUCUACUAUAGAGAUAUUAGAACAUUUUAAAAGUAUCAAGUCAAAAUGUCAUAUUGUGACACUGUUUGUCAGUGUAUCAAAUAUUUGAUGCUUUACUGUAAGCAUUUAUGUGGAAUGUCAUACACAGUUUUUAGUUAUGUAAUUGAAUCAAUGUAUCGUACAUCUAAUAUGGCAUUAAAUCAUCCUUCUUUAUAUAUAUUUCUGUCCGAAAGUCUGUCAAUUGUAUCACCCAUUGAACCUGUGCUGCUCCUAAGUUAGGUGAUGUGAUUUUGCCAGACCAUCAUUAAGAUGAAUUCAGUGGUGUAGUCGAGCUUUGGGUGUUCAGGCAAGUUUUAUGAUGGUCAUAUCUUGGCUUUUUAACCAAGUUUUAUGAAGGUCAUAUCUUGGCUUUCUAACCAAGUUUUAUGAUGGUCAUAUCUUGGCUUUUUAAUCAAGUUUUAUGAAGGUCAUAUCUUGGCUUUUUAACCAAGUUUUAUGAAGGUCAUAUCUUGGCUUUUUAACCAAGUUUUAUGAUGGUCAUAUUGUCCUGUGUUACUUUUUUUUUAAAAAUGUGAUAGGGGUAUUUUUGUGUGGGGCUGUGUAUAGUCACACUGGUAGUUAGUAAAUUUGAUGUUGGGCGAAGGGUUCAUAUUACUACUGAUGUACAGUCUGAGCCGAGUCUAUUCAAAAUAUAAAUACAAACUGGCCAGGACCAUAUUCAUUUUGCACUGAACAGUAACUCUGAUGAGCACUGAAGUUACAGAGCACUUGGUUUGCAGUGGACCUAUGUGGGGGUUUCAGGCAAUAAUUAAAGUGGAUCCAGUUGUACUAAGAUUUGUUUGGGUCAGCAAGCAGCCAUGAGGAAAAAAAAGACUCUAAGCAGAUGAUGUGAUUGUGUUGGCAAUAAACCUUGUGAAUUGUAUGUGGAAUAUGUAAUGUAGAAAGUCUUAUCUUAAAGUGUUGAUCUACAUUACAACAAAAAAUUUAAGUCAUUGGUGGUUCUUCUUUAAACAAUAGCAUUUACUUUUAACAAAUUCUUUGUUUUUUUUAAACAUUUUUUUUACCUAUAUUUUAGUUUUUAUCAUUUGAAAAGAUUGGAGAAAGUUUCCAUGCUCUUUAUUGUCCAUUUAAUUAUGUAGCACGGGGUUUGGCAAACUACAGCGCGUCGUGGUGUCGGUUAAUCUGGUCAGCGGAGUGAUAUGAAGUCACGGGAGAUUUAGCAUCUAUGCAUAAGUAUGCAUACAACAUGGGAGGGCCAUUUACCAAUGUGGUAGAUCAGUCCAUUGCUCCAUACAAUUUGGAUUGGAACUUGGUCAAAGCUACAAAGUCAAUAAUAGAAGCGCUGUCAUUGAAAGCCUAUGAGAACAGCUGUCAUUGAAAGCCUAUGACAGCAGCUGUCAUUGAAAGCUUAUGACAGCAGCCGUCAUUGAUGCCUAUGACAGCAGCCAUCAUUGAAAACCUAUGACAGCAGCUGCAUUGAAUGCCUAUGAAAGCAGCUGUCAUUGAAAGCCUAUGAAAGCAGCUGUCAUUGAAUGCCUAUGAAAGCAGCUGUCAUUGAAAGCCUAUGAAAGCAGCUGUCAUUGAAAGCCUAUGAGAGCAGCUGUCAUUGAAAGCCUAUGAGAGCAGCUGUCAUUGAGAGCCUAUGAAAACAGCUGUCAUUGAAAGCCUAUGAAAGCAGCUGUCAUUGAAAGCCUAUGAAAGCAGCUGUCAUUGAAAGAAUAUGAAAGCAGCUGUCAUUGAAAGCCUAUGACAGCAGCUGUCAUUGAAAGCCUAUGACAGCAGCUGUCAUUGAAAGCCUAUGACAGCAGCUGUCAUUGAAUGCCUAUGAAAGCAGCUGCAUUGAAAGCCUAUGACAGCAGCUGUCAUUGAAAGCAGCUGUCAUUGAGAGCCUAUGAGAGCAGCUGUCAUUGAAAGCCUAUGAGAGCAGCUGUCAUUGAGAGCCUAUGAGAGCAGCUGUCAUUGAGAUCCUAUGACAACAGCUGUCAUUGAAAGCCUAUGACAACAGCUGUCAUUGAAAGCCUAUGACAACAGCUGUCAUUGAAAGCCUGGGGUUCUAUUGCAUCAUUUAUUAAUUAUGGGGGAAAUAACUGUCAUGGAUACUGUGAGCGGUCAGUCGUGUUGUUGAUGGGCUGCCAGCUGAACAUCAAUCGGCAAGUCAAUGAUUUUUUAUUAUUUUUUUUUUUAAUAUGGUUGACUUUGUACAGCGCUUUGAGCUUUUGGGGAUGAAGCGUGUUUUUCAAAUAAUCUUUAUUAUUAUUAUUUUAUUUAAGUUUAGAUAAAAAUAACGUUAAACCUUAGACCCUAUAAGUGAAAUAAUUGACCUUUAUAAUUGAAGCAACAGAACUUUAUUAGUGAAAUGAUGGACCUUUAUAAGUGCCUCUUGGCUGAUCAGUUCAGUAAUUGAUAAGCCCUUGCUUGUUAAUUCAUUUCAUUCUUUGGAAAUACCUACUUCAAUGAGAAGACAUUUAAAAAAAUGCUAUCUCAGCUACAUCAGACCUGUUAACUCUUACGAUUUUGGCGUACAAUGUACAAUUUUGAGGUGUAUACAUUACAUUAUAUACUGUAAUGUAUGUUUUUUUUCUAAUAAGAGAAUGUAUUGAACGAUCAUGUGAUGAUAUUGUACGAUUUUAAGAGUUUGAGGGUAAAUAGGUCUGAUAAAUGCAAUAUAUGUCAGAAAAGCACCAAUUUCUUGCUUCAUAUUACAUUUCAACAUGGAAAUAAAAGUCUGUCGUACAUGUUAUACAUUAUUUUAGAUUUUCUGCUCAUACUUAUAAUAUAAGAUCAUAAGCCCCCCUAAUUAUUGGCCCAAAUCUCUCUGGCCCUUCAAGCUCUGCUACAUCUAGAUCUUUCAAUGUUAUAAAUCAGGCACAGAGCUGAAUAGCUGGCACCGAUGAUGUCAAUAGCUGGCAUUAAUGAGCACUAGAUCUUUCAAUGUUAUAAAUCAGGCACAGAGCUCAAUAGCUGGCACCGAUGAUGUCAAUAGCUGGCAUUAAUGACCAUCUUGUUAUUACUCAUUGUAUGUGGAAGUCUACAGAAAUCUUUCUGACUUAUGACUUGAUAUUGCUGGUAAGAAUCUGUUGACUGAAUGAACGGAACAGUCUGCUCGGCAGAUUCUAUGUUUUUUCUUACUUCCAAUAAUUGGUGUUUUGGCUCAAUGUAUGAUUUUUAUUGCUUUAUUUAUAUUUUUUUGUUGAAAAGAAAAUUAAAACCUUUUGUCAGCGAUUUUUUUGGAGAAAAUGUUGGAGUUUUAAAAUUCUUGAAUCUAGUUUAUACAUUAAAAUUUAAAAGUCAAUAAAUAAUUUGCAAGUAGAACUGUGUCCUGUGAAGGUAGUUGACCUUGUGAAAUGGUUCGAGGCCUUAAGUUACUGUUAAGUUGGGUGUAAAGAAGAUUUCUUCUCUCAGGAUGGAUUCAUCAGAUUGUUUAUUCUGGUUGUUGGGAUCAAGAGCCUGCCAAUCAUAAGUCAAUCAAAAGCACUUUUACAACAUCGCAAACAUGCAUUUUUUUAUAUGACAGCAUCACCAACUCUGCAUUUGUGAUUCUGAAGUCCAAGAUGCAGAAAGCUGUCUUGUUCAUGAUGGAUUUGUUUGUCUAGGACGGCACGGUGAUUCUGUCACCUAACGAAAUGUUCAAUUAUAUGAAACUAUUUAUUGUGACGUCUGAUAUAUUGCUUGAAUGGAUUUUGGAUGUCCAUUGUUUUGAGGUGAUGAACUUGUUGUUUGUUGAUACCGUCUAGUCUAAAUGUUAGAGAUUUGAAAACAUGAAAGUAACAGAAAUAAACCCUUUGAUUUUCCAUCUUACAAUGAGUGCAUCAACAAC